AUGCUUGAGAUAUCUCCUAGACGACUUUUCUUUUUCUUUCUUUUCAUUUACAUCUGUCCUUUUUCUUUUUCUUUUCCUUUUUUUGCUGUUUCUUCUUCUUCUUUUUUCUUUUUCUUUUCCUUUUUUUGCUGUUUCUUCUUCUUUUUUUCUUUUUCUUUUCCUUUUUUUGCUGUUUCUUCUUCUUCUUUUCUUUUUCUUUUCCUUUCUUUUGCUGUUUCUUCUUCUUUUUUCUUUUUCUUUUCCUUUCUUUUGCUGUUUCUUCUUCUUCUUUUUUCUUUUUCUUUUCCUUUCUUUUGCUGUUUCUUCUUCUUUUUUUCUUUUUCUUUUCCUUUUUUCGCUGUUUCUUCUUCUUCUUUUUUUCUUUUUCUUUUCCUUUCUUUUGUUGUUUCUUCUUCUCCUUUUUUUCUUUUUCUUUUCCUUUCUUUUGCUGUUUCUUCUUCUUCUUUUUUUCUUUUUCUUUUCCUUUCUUUUGCUGUUUCUUCUUCUUCUUUUUUUCUUUUUCUUUUCCUUUUUUGCUGUUUCUUCUUCUUCUUUUUUUCUUUUUCUUUUCCUUUUUUUGCUGUUUCUUCUUCUCCUUUUUUCUUUUUCUUUUCCUUUCUUUUGCUGUUUCUUCUUCUUCUUUUUUCUUUUUCUUUUCCUUUCUUUUGCUGUUUCUUCUUCUUUUUUUCUUUUCUCUUUUCCUUUCAUACCUUCUUUCCCGCUUUCUUUUUUUCUUUUACUUUGUUUCUCUUUACUUUCGUUUUUUUCUUUCGUUUUGUUUUUUCUUAUUUUUUCUUUUUCUUUCUUUCGAAAUUUUUCUCUCUGUUCUUUUUUCUCAAACUUUCCUCCUUUCUUUCUCUCUGUAUAAUAGUUUCUCUCUGUAUAAUACUUUCUUUGCUUCAUUUUUCUUAUUUCUAUCACUUGUGCAUAUCUACUUCCGUCAGUUUACGUCUCUCUGUCUCUUGGCGUAUUCUCAUUUUCUCUCGUUUUUAUCUAUACAUAAACAAUUACAUCAAAAUAUAUCGAUAUAAUAUUCUGUUUGAUCCGAUUUCAGUGUGGCCGGCUUGCAUUUAUUUGUGA